CCCGGCCGCUGCCGUAGUAAGAGAGCUGCUCCUCCGGUGGUUGGGCUGAGGAACGCUGGGCUCCUCCUCCUCGUCCCCCCCAGCAGUGCACAGCCGGGCGUGUGACUGACGAGUCUCCCCCCGUCUAUCUUUUUCUUUUUUUUCCUUUUUUUUUUUUUUUUUUUUUUUUUGCCAUGGGUACACACACCGAGACACGCACAUGACAGCACUCGGGUGCCAGCGCCGGUGCAUCGCCAGGAGGGCUGUGCUUCACUCCGGGCACGCACACACGCAUGCUGCUGCUGCUUCUGCUGCUGGAAGUCUUUCUACACGGGGAUUAGCAGCCGCCUCUUCGCUCUAUUUCCCUGUCUCUUUCUUCUCCCUUCCUUCCCUUCCUCCUUCUCUCCCUAAAACGCCUGACUGACGGACGGCGGGCAGGAAAAGCCUAAAGCAUCACAAGGGCCAUAUUGUUCAGGAUUUCAGAGAGCAAUCGUUUAUCUUUGUGGAUACAAGUAAACGGACAAUGGUGUCCCGACCAUCUGCUCAAGCUGCUUGAGAACAGUCUUCUAUGCAAAUGGCAUGAAAGGUUCAAAUCACUGACAACUUUCUAUGCGUCUAGGAUCAUUCAAAAUGUGGCAGUGUACUUGAGACCUCGAUGUGGAAAAGAUAAAUAUGCCAUGGGACCUGUAGGAGAUCUGCAGCCUCCUAAUGGGCUUUCUGGAGCCAGGAAGGAAUGUUCCAAGAGAAACACAACACAGAAGUGCAUAGGACAUCUCUGUCUAGAUUGUUGUAAAGAGGCUACACUUGCUGGUUGUGCUGCUGAGCCACUUAUGGCAUUGGGAACAGCUCGGCAAACACCAUCCUCCUUGAACAGUCAAGCAUCAAGUAUUGGAACUGACAUCUGAAUUAAAGAGUGAGCAAAAAAAUCUCUUCCCUCUUUAACUAUUGAAACAACUAAAAUGGAAAACUGACUAAAAGAGGCCUUUCUCUGAGUUCUGCCUGUCGCACAGCCAUACGUAUUAGAUGACUUUGGGACUCGUUUUCCAUCAGCGAUGAAGGGAUUAUCUGGCAGCCGCAGUCACCAUCACGGGGUUGGCUGUGACCCUGCCUGUGACAGCCUGCCACACCACCAGGACAGGAAGCCAUAUUUGUUAAACCCAGUGGACCCCCACCCCGCAGACCACCCUUACUACACUCAAAGGAACUCUUUCCAGGCCGAGUGCAUGGUGCCCUACAAUGAUCAGAUUGCCAGCAGCACGUUUCCCCGGAGGCAUUACAGCUCCCACCACGAACUCAAGGACGAGUGUGCUCUGGUUCCCCACGGAACUGCCAACAAGACCAACCGCAUUCCUGCCAACCUUUUGGACCAGUUUGAGCGGCAGCUGCCCCUGAAUCGGGAUGGGUACCACACUCUGCAGUACAAGCGAACUGCCAUGGAGCACCGCAGUGACAGCCCGGGCAGGAUCCGGCACCUGGUUCAUUCUGUCCAAAAGCUCUUCACCAAGUCCCACUCGCUGGAAGGACCAUCCAAGGGGAGCGUCAAUGGGGGGAAAGCAAGCCCGGAGGAGUCACAGACGAUGAGGUAUGGGAAGCGCAGCAAGAGUAAGGAAAGGCGAUCAGAAGGUAAGCCCAGAUCCAAUGCAUCAGGAUGGUGGAGUUCAGAUGACAACUUGGACAAUGAUGUUUGCAUUUAUCAUGGUCCCAGUGGGGUCAUGACCAUGGGAAGAUGCCCUGAUCGCUCUUCUUCCCAAUACUUUAUGGAAGCCUAUAACACUAUUAGCGAGCAUACUGUGAAGUCCUCCAGAAGCAAUAAUGAUGUCAAAUGCUCUACCUGUGCAAACCUGCCUGUGAAUUUGGACUCCCAGUUAAUGAAGAAAAGCUCUUGGUCCUCUACAUUAACCGUGAGCAGAGCCCGUGAAGUUUACCAGAAAGCAUCAGUUAACAUGGACCAGACAGUGGUGAAGGCAGAGACGUGUCAGCAGGAACGGUCAUGUCAGUACCUCCAGGUUCCUCAAGAUGACUGGACUGGCUACACUCCGCGAGGAAAAGAUGACGAGAUUCCCUGCCGCCGGAUGCGCAGUGGCAGUUACAUCAAAGCCAUGGGGGACGAUGACAGCGGAGACUCAGACACAAGUCCAAAGCCAUCUCCAAAGGUUGCUGCACGAAGAGAGAGUUAUCUCAAGGCCACCCAGCCAUCCCUUACUGAGCUCACCACCCUCAAGAUAUCCAGUGAGCACUCGCCAAAGCUCCAGAUCCGGAGCCACAGUUACCUGAGGGCAGUGAGCGAAGUCUCCAUCAACAGGAGCCUGGACAGCCUGGACCCCGCAGGGCUGCUGACGUCCCCCAAGUUCCGCUCCCGCAAUGAGAGCUACAUGAGAGCCAUGAGCACCAUCAGCCAGGUGAGUGAGAUGGAGGUGAACGGUCAGUUCGAAUCCGUCUGCGAGUCGGUGUUCAGCGAGCUGGAGUCUCAGGCCGUGGAGGCGCUGGAUCUGCCUAUGCCGGGCUGCUUCCGCAUGAGGAGCCACAGCUACGUCCGGGCCAUCGAGAAGGGCUGCUCCCAGGAUGACGAGUGCAUAUCGCUGCGGUCCUCAUCUCCCCCGCGCACAACCACCACGGUGAGGACCAUCCAGAGCAGUACUGGUGUGUCAGCUUUACAGAGCUCACCAGCACAAAAAGAGGAUCUUGGCAUUCUUACAGUGGCGAACAUAGAAGACGCUUCAUACAUCCGGGUGGAUGACUUGCAUUGUCAAGAUCUUUUAAAAGAUCUGGGCGUUAUUAGAGUGUCAUCCUGCAUUACCACCUACAAGAAGACACCGCCGCCAGUCCCACCGAGAACGACCACCAAACCCUUUAUUUCCAUCACAGCCCAGAGCAGCACAGAGUCUGCCCAAGAUGCAUACAUGGAUGGGCAUGGACAGAGGGGAGAUAUCAUCAGCCAGUCUGGACUUAGCAACUCCACGGAAAGCCUGGACAGUAUGAAAGCACUGACAGCUGCUAUUGAAGCUGCCAAUGCGCAGAUCCAUGGACCUGCAAGCCAACAUGUAGGGAACAAUACUGCCACUGUCACCACCACUACAACCAUUGCCACUGUUGCAGUAGAAGAUAGGAAGAAGGACCACUUCAAGAAAAACAGAUGCUUGUCUAUUGGAAUACAGGUUGAUGGUGCUGAAGAAUCCACCAUACCAGGUGAUAAUAAAGCAACCAGUAAGUUCCAGUCCAUAGGAGUUCAAGUAGAGGAGGAGAAGUGCUUUCGCAGGUUUACACGAUCUAAUAGUGUAACAACAGCUGUGCAAGCAGACCUGGAUUUCCAUGAGAACUUUGAAAUAAUUGACCCUCAAGAGGACAAUACAUGUUCUGGACAAAUAUCAAGACAGUUUUCCCGAGACGCAAGCACCUCUACCGUUAGUAUACAAGGGUCAGGAAACCAUUACCAUGCAUGUGCAGUGGAUGAUGACUUUGAGACAGAUUUUGAUCCGUCAAUUUUACCUCCUCCUGACCCAUGGAUUGACUCUAUUACUGAAGAUCCUCUGGAGGCUGUUCAAAGGUCAGUGUGCCCGCGAGAUGGCCACUGGUUUCUGAAGCUACUUCAGGCAGAGAGAGAUCGUAUGGAGGGUUGGUGCCAACAGAUGGAGAGAGAAGAACGUGAAAACAACUUACCUGAAGACAUUCUAGGGAAAAUUCGAACUGCAGUGGGCAGUGCCCAGCUUCUCAUGGCUCAGAAAUUUUACCAGUUCAGAGAACUUUGUGAAGAAAACCUGAAUCCUAAUGCACAUCCACGACCGACCUCGCAGGAUUUAGCAGGGUUCUGGGAUAUGCUGCAGUUGUCCAUAGAAAAUAUUAGUAUGAAAUUUGAUGAACUUCAUCAGUUAAAGGCCAAUAAUUGGAAACAGAUGGAUCCUCAUGACAAGAAGGAGAGAAGGGUCCCUCCUCCAGUGCCAAAGAAGCCAUCGAAAGGUCAGGUGCCACUCAUACGAGAACGCUCUCUGGAAAGCUCGCAGCGUCAAGAGGCCCGGAAACGGCUGAUGGCUGCCAAGCGCGCUGCGUCCGUUCGCCAGAACUCAGCUACCGAGAGCGCCGAAAGCAUUGAGAUAUACAUCCCCGAAGCCCAGACCAGGCUAUGAAGGGAUCCAACCGGGAGGACUCUCUGGCAAGACAAGCCUCAUGUAUAAUCUGCCCCUGUAGGCUCCUGCUCAAGGUCACCACAACGUAUUUGUACCUCCUCCUCUCUCUCGCUCUCUCUCCUUCCUCUCCCUCUCCCCUCUCUCUGUACGCAGCUGCCCCGAUGCUCCCAGUGAACUCCACUGCCGUGGCGUAGUUGUCGGUCCUCCGAGAGAUGUCCUCUAAUCACCCUUGCUUUCUGAAGGUUCGCCCAUGUCAUCACAAUGCUUUGUCACAUGUACUGAUGCUGCCACUUUGCCUCAUGUAAACGAGCACGAUCCUUUUUUCUUUUCUGUUUGGAACCAAUAAACGCAGCACUCAGACUUCCACGCACCCGCACACCUGUACAGUAGAUGCUCCAUUUAACUUACUCAUGAUCUUUAGUUGAUCUAAAGCUAGUCUGUUAUCCAGUGUACAGCAAUAUCAAACUGUAGGGAACUUUGGUAUUUUCAGUCAUGCAGGGUGAUCCUUUUGGACUCUGCCGUCUUCCUCACAAAAGAUGAAAGGAGCUAUGACUCGGAUUCCCUUCUUUUUAUUACUUUUUUUUUUUUUUUAAAGCAGAUGGCGCACUUUAUUCUAAACCUCCAAACCACAUCUUCACCUGAAUCACACAAGGGGAGGGAGCUGGGGUGGGAGUGGGGAGGGGGGGACAAAAAGAAACCCCACAGCUCUGGCAGGUGAAAAGGUGGAAGUAUAUCCCACAGGUGAGAUGGCAAGGGAUAUACAAGAUUCUGUGGAAAGAUACCUGCACACUCACAGCUGCACAAACUGCCUCAUUUUUAUUUCAUCAAUCACUAUUUAAACAUUUCAAUCAGCAGAAGAUUGUAAAUUCGAUCUUCCAGGGAAAUAAUCUAUUUUGAAAGGCAAUAAAAGAGUAAAAAGGAAGGAGAUAAGAAGCAAUGACAGUUGAAGAGAUAAUAUAAAAGAAGGAUUUUCUUGUCCAAGUAUUAAGAAUUUUUAAAAUUGUACUGUAUUGUCAAUUCCUCUUGUAUUGUAUUGUAUGGAUUAUAUUGGUUAAAAAAAAAAGAAAAAAAAAGAAAAAAAAAAAGAUUGGUUUUGUUGAUGUCUUAAUCUCGGUGGGACCAUCCAAUCUCAUACGUCCACACAGCCACACACGGACACCUGUAGGUGAAUUACUGUACAUGGACCCUCUGAUGCUUUUCCAGUCCAGGCUUGCUUUGCUCUAUCCACAGCUGGUUAUAUGCUACAGUUCAAACUACUUAUCACCAAACCGUCCGUAUUUAAGAGUAAAUUUCUAAUUCAGCCUCCUCUUAAUAGUAUAACGUACUCACUUGAACAAGAACAAUAGACUAUUUUUCACAAGUUAUGGGAUCAAUAUGAACUUAAUGUUUUUCACGACAAGCCUUCCUACCCUGGCUUCUGCCAUUGUUUUGCAAUCACAAAAAAUAUGCAUCCUAAGUAGCUCGUUAAUAGUGGGCAGAAAUGGCAGAUAAUAGGGCUGGAGAGGAGCCUGAGAGGUCAGCUCCUGUGUGUCGGUCCCCUCCAGCCACCUCUGGCUGGGACAGAGGCUUGUCCUCCAGCUCCUCUGAUUACGAAUGAUGCCGACCACGCUGCUACUGGAAUCUCUUGUGCCAACAUUAGGAAAGCUAUGUCAGGCAUGUUGCUGAAAGCGAGUUGUGUGCGUGCGUGUGAGCGUGUGAGUGCGCACACGUGUGCCAAACUGGCAUGUGCUGCUGCCAGCAGAAUUGGUGUGAGCUGCUGUGGGUGCCAGGGCUGCUUUGGGUGGCAGGACUGAUGUGAGCAGAGGAGUGUUGUGCAGUCAUCAGUGUGUGUGCAGUCCUGCAGCAAUGUCUCCAAACUCCUCUGCUGCUCGCUACAUGCUCUUCACCCUGUCUGCCAGGGCAGGGGUAUGCAGGAGAGGAAGGCAGGCGCUUUCUGCUCCCAGUGGGCACAGGCACAAGGACAGCCCCACCAUGGAUGUGGCAGCCCUUGCUGCAUGCCAAUGCUGGCUGGCUGUGCCCAUGGCAGCUCAACCUGUAUGGACAGUCCAACCAGUGAAAAGCCCCACUGCACAUGUGGUGUAAUUCUGCAGCUUGCACUUAAAAAACGUUGAAAAUCAUCAUUGAAAAAUUAAGCUCUUGCUAAAAGUAUCCAUCGAGACCAUGCCAGACAGCUUCUUUUCCUAUGACAUCAUAGCCAGGUGCUAAUUUAAUUUUUUUCAAGAAAACAGGAGAGGUAAUAGGUUCUGGCACCAAGUAUUUUCAUGAGAGCAUACUAAAACCACUAGAGAAUUUGCUACCUCUCAAAGCCAUCGAUAUCUGAGCUAUGUCUUUAUAAACAGGGCACAAAUAUUUACUGCUGUGGUUUACAAGAUAAGGGCUAAUAAUUUAAUAUAUAAAAGACUUUUAACUAGAGUAAUGAGAAAUCCAGUGUAACUCUAGAGUGCUUGCUGUUACAGGAGCUUCAAAAGGUUUGACCCUCUAAGCGUUUGAAUACCAGUGUAUUUGCUAGUUUUGAAACACUGCGUUUAACUUUUAGCAGCAACAAAACAUCACCGUGUUUGCAGUAUGUAAUAGUGCCAACUGCCACUUUUGAGCAUAUAUAGUCAUAGGAAGUAUUAAUUAUUUGGAACUCAUUUGUACUGGAUUAUUCAAAGCAGUACCUAGGUGAGAGUCCACAUUCACAACUGUGUUGCAGACUUACUUAGUUUUGUGAAUGUUUUAUGAAAGAUGAGUUAAGAUUUUGGUUGACAAGUGGCUACAGAAAUUUACAUCCAGCAAGUUCCCCCCUAAAAAAGCAGAAAAGUGAAGACUAUCUAGUCUUGUACAUUACAAAUUAUUGUAUUUGUAUAUCAUAGAAUAUUUUUUGUAUCUAUUUUAAAUGAAUUUAUUCUUAGCUGAAUGAUUGUUAGUUCGUUUGGCACUGGAGAGGUUAUUAUAAUGUUUGCCUAGUUUUUUAGCAAAAUAUUAAAAAUACAGUCAAUACCAGAAAAUGCAAAAUAAAAUAAUUGCGCCCAUAGGAUGCCACUAGUUAACCACUUGACUCAUUUACAAACACUAAUGCUAGUAUAUUUGCUCCAUCAUCUGUUUUAGUAUAAUUUGUAAGUAUUUGUUUUUAGUCUAAACUGCCCAGUGUAUUUUAAAAAUGCCUAUAUUCUGUUUCACUUUGGGACUAAACUGUUGGUUUUUUUUGUCUUGGGGGAAAUUUUAGAAAAGGUUGGUUUUGUCUCCUGCUUCAAAAGCUUAAAAAAAAAAAAGAGGUAUUUAUUAUAUUUUUUGCAGAUGUUUCCAUAAAAUUCUCAUAAUCUUUUUGUAAAGAAAGAUGAAGAAAUGGAUUAAAGAUUUUUAAUAUUUGAAAAGGUAAAUAGAAAUAAUUUAUUUGUAAUAUAUUUCAUUUUAUUUAUUGGUGUUCCCUUAAUGCUUUGAUGUGCACUAUCACUUUAAUUUAAACUGUAUCUUUGUGGAUUUAUGGGGGGUUUUGGUUUUUUGGUUUUUGGUUUGUUUUUUUUUUAAGGAAAACAGUCAAAUGCAUAUUUUAAGUAGUAUGUAAAUCACUGGCCUACCUGCAUUCCCAAAUGUGAUUUUAAAAAUGUUUUUGAUUUGAAACAAAAGACACAAAUUUGAAAGCCUUUAGACAGAAAAGAGUGGUUUUAUGGCUUAAUGAUUUGGGUUUCCAUAGGAUUAUCUAUCUGGUUUGUGUGUGGACAGGAAAAUGUAAAUAGCUGAAUGUUUCCCAUAAUGUAAAAAGAGCAAAUUAAUAAAAUAAUUAAUGCACUGCUUGUAAGA